ACACAGCAUUCUGUGAAGUCAAGUCACAAUCGCAAAUAACGAAGCACGAUGAUCUCUAAGGUUGCAUUCCUGUGCGCUGCUCUUGCAGCUGCUCACGCAAGCGUUAUUCUUAAGGCUCCCCUAGUCAGCACCGGCAUGAGUACUAGCUCAAAGACUCAAGAUGCUCAUGGUAAUUACGCUUUCGGCUACGAUAUUGUUGACAAACUUGGUGCCUCUAACUCCAGAGCUGAAGUUGGUGAUGGCUAUGGCAACAAAAAGGGAACCUAUACCAUCCACGAUAUCGAUGGCAGAGCCAGACGAGUAGACUAUGUAGCUGAUAAACUCGGAUUCCGUGCCGCCGUGAAGACCAAUGAACCAGGAACCGCUGCCAGUACCCCUGCUGCAGCCCUCAUCGCUAGCCCUUACGCUGGACCAUCUGUUGAUCACAUUGCCCCAGUUGGCUCUGCAGUCUAUGGGCAUGCUGUUGCCGCUCCAGUUGUAGCUGCUGCUGCUCCUGUUGCAUAUGGAGGUGUCAUUGGACACGGAGCAGCUUUGGGUUAUGGUUAUGGUAUGGGAUAUGGAUAUGGAGCUGGUAUUGGCAAAGCUCUGAUCCACUAAAAACGUAAGUUAGUUGAUCUUCUAUGGAAUGAGCUAAGGAGCUGUUCACUGUCUAGGUCGGCAGUAGUCUUGGUUGGGGCUAUGAAAAUUGAAUUGGCAAAGACUCAGCUAUUACAUAUUUUCAAACUCUUAACAAAAUGAAAUCAUUUAUUUAUUUUUGCGAUAAACGAAAGUUUUGAUUUUACUGUAAAUAAUAAAAUUUGUUUAGAAUGACUAUA